AUGUCCCUGUCAUUCAAUAUUCUUUAUUCACGUCUACUUGUUCGUCAUCAUUGGCUUGUCCUUAGUUUCGUAGUAUUCAGUUGUAUAACAUUAACAGUCAUUGCGUUUGUGUUUACAAAGUUACCUGACUUAUCUGAUCCACGAAUAGGAUGGGGAGCACGUGGAAAAGGAACGAUAUUCUCUCAAUUGAUGGUGUUACGUCAUGCAGCGGAAAGGUUUCGCCAGGCUUACGAAAUACCAUCAGAAGAAAGUACGUUAUUUGGUGCAUUCGAACAAUAUCUAAAUGUAUCUGUUGAUGAUCUGGAUGAGAAUACAUAUCGUUAUGAUGUUCUUGAAAAAAGUGAUCUAUGGAAGAAGAAAAAUUCCGAUUACGAAAUUAUUGAUUAUCAUAAUUUAAACGAUUCUUUCUACGAUCUUGCAACGUAUGAUGACGACGAGGACUAUAUUGAUGAGGUCGAUAAACCAGAAUCAACAUUACUCUAUCAAUACCAUCGCGAUCGACAUUUCGAUACGGAAACUUUGAUAACAAAAUUUGUUGAUAACAAACUGAUCAAUAUAACUGUAUUAGAUUUUGUUCGAAAUCUUCCACAAUUCAAUAGAACGAAUUAUAAAUCAGCACGACUAUCAUUUGAUCUUUUUCGACCGUACGCAUUUCUCCUCGAGCAUAAAUACCGUGGUCCGUCAGGUCGCGAUGGCAUGAUCGAGUUUUAUAUCGAACGUUUGAGUUCUACCGAUGACUUACUCUCACUCAAUCAUCUACUUUCUAUAUGUAAAUGGGAAAAAGAAUUCAAAAAUAUUCUUGCAUUAAGUCACGUACCGAGUCUAUCGUUAGCGACAUUUGUUGCAUUAUACUCAUCAAAAACUAAUUGCGAAUCGAUCACAUCCGAUGAUGUGGAUCGUUUCCGUUCGAUACUUCAUACAUGUUUACCAUACUAUCUCGAUGGUUACAUGGACAUUCCCUUGAGUGAUCAAUUCUUCAAUCGAGUUCAAAUUAAGCACGAAUCUGCUGAUUGGACAUAUCAAGAGCAAUUGAAAGCGAUUUAUGCCGCUUUGCGUCAUACGUGUUUCUAUAAGAACAUCACACGUUUUGUUUUUGAUCAUUUUCUCGAUAAGAAUUUCAUCAACGAUUUUCAACAAUCCAAAACAAAUGCGAAAGUCUCGCUCUCAAUGAUAUUCGUAUCGAAUUAUAAAACUAUGAAAUACAAUCGAACGCGUGAUCAAACCAUGUGUCGAAAACGACAACCAUACGCUACAAAAUACUGUCUACAACGUGGCUGUAUGGAUGAUUUAAAUGAUAAAACGAUUGCAAAAUCAUGUGCUAACCAAGCGCCCCCAUCAGGAAAUUGUGACAAAUAUUGUAUAUGCAAAAAUCAAUGUAUAAAUCAAACUGAACAAAUGAUUCUGAUGACGCCGAUUUUGAAAGGAGAAGAUUUAAUUGAAAUCUAUCAGAAAUAUUUCGAUGGUAAACGACAAUUUUCCACAUAUGAAAAUCAGUACCUCAAACUGAUCGCAGUGAAUUUCGCUUAUGUGAGAGAAAAGGCAGCGAUGGCGCAAGUAUACAAAGACACACUUCUUGCUAUGAUUGCUGCCGGAUUAAUUAUUAUGAUAACAGUUCUCUAUCUACGUAGUAUAACCAUAGCUUUUAUGAUCAUUCUUGGCACGACAUUAGCAUUGGGUGUAAGUUAUUUUGUCUAUCGCGUGAUAUAUGGCAUUCCAAUAUUUCCGACGAUGAGUUUCAUGUCGGUGUUUAUCUUAAUUGGAAUUGGUUGUGAUGAUAUUUUUGUAUUUUUUGACACGUGGCAUCAUGAAAAAGCGGAAUUGUUGAGAAAGCGUCAUGAGAAGCUACAAACUGAUAAUACGAAUGUUCCGUUGAAUGAUCUGAAUACCAAUGAAGAACUCAAGACGAAUAUUGUUGAAUAUUUUGAUGAUUCUCUUGGCGAAGAAGCAUUGAUUGAAAUCAUGUCAAGGACACUGAAACAUGCUGCUUCAUCGAUGUUUGUCACAUCGUUCACAACGUCCGCUGCCUUCUUUACGAAUAUGUUAACAAAUAUUUCAUUUAUUCAAGUCUUCGGAGUGUUUACUGGAACAUCAAUCCUAGUUUAUUUUCUGAUAACAAUCACUGGCAUCGCUGCUUUCGCUGUUAUUUAUGAAAAAUACAUACAUAACAUGGCGUGUUGUACCAGUUGGAUAAAGAUUCCCAUAGCAGAUAUAUGUCAACGUUUUCGAAUUUAUAUAUUUAAUAACAUUCUCCCAAUGAUUAUUAUCAAAUUACGUUAUUUUCUCGUUUUAUUCUUUCUAUGUUUGGGAAUCUUAGGUUUGGUCGGUGUUUUUUAUUAUCCGAAAUUGCAUGUACCAUCUACUCCGAAAGUGAUGUUUUUCGGUAAAACUCAUCCGAUGGAGAUCUAUGAAUUCCAAAUGAAACGUCAAUUUCACGGUUAUAUCAAACAAGACAAUCGUUUCUUUGCUUACCCACCGAUUUCCUUCGUUUUCGGAAUUCGAGAUAUUGAUGAUGGAUAUAUAUUCGAUAUGAAUGAUCGGGGUCGACUUCAUCUAAUGCCAAUCGAUUUGCAUCGACAAGUCACAUUGGACUUUUUUAAGCAGUUUAUCAGAGAUCUGGGAACGCGAAAAGAUUUGUUUAUUUCGAAUUACAACUUAGAGAAAGAUUUCGAUGGAUUUUAUAAGCUGAGUACGGAAAACAUUUUUAAAGGAAAACUCGUUCAAGACCGAGUGAAAGCUAAUUUCUCGAAAACGAAUCACUUCGAGAUGAUUAGAUAUUUACGAACAACAAACAAAAGUUUGAUCGAAGAACUUCUUUCGAAAAGUAUGCAGUCAAACUCGACGUUGCACCAAAUCAGCAUGACACAAUUAACUCAGUCGCCAAAUCCAAUCAUUGUCUAUGCAAACUACCGGAAAACUUUCAAUAAAACAUUGGAGAAAAUUUAUAAACAACAAGUUGAACACAAUGCAAUUUUGAGUACUUUCAACGAAACCAUACGUGACGCAAUGAUAGAAGUGCAUCAACUUUCAGCAUUGAAGACCGGAAUGCAGUGCAUAACAGGAACAGCUGGAGAGAACAAUCUUCCAAUGGAAUUUUGCGAAAAACAAUUGAAAAAACAACGGUCACGGAAUUGGGUGGUUUUACUUCACAAACCAUCGCCUAUCGAUGGUAGUGUUCGACCAUUUGCUGUUUUAAUUACUAUUCAAGGUACUCUCAACCGCACGAAUUACAAUUCGUACGAUGUCUAUUAUCGCAAGGUCAAAGACUUUUUUGAUUCAUAUAUGAAGCAGCAUGCACCGGAACAUCUCAAACACGGCUGGUUUUCUUCGGCAUCGUUUGCGUUCUACGGUAUUCAACGCGAAACUGUCGUUGGAUCAUUUUCUUCCCUCAUUGCAUCACUGGGCAUCGCUUUACUGAUUCUGUUUCUAACAUCAGGAAAUCUGUUUAUUGCAAUCUACGCGCUGCUUACAAUGACUUUUUCUAUAACUGCGACAAUUACUAUCUUUGCUUUCUUGAAAUGGGAAUUGGGCAUUGUCGAAGCAAUUGUGAUAAUCAUGUCCGUUGGUUUAUCCGUUGAUUUCGUUGUUCAUUUUGGCGUUGGUUAUAUUCACGCUGAUCCGAGUACAAUUGAACGUGAAAGGAAAAAAGCGAGGAAUCGAUAUUCAUCAACAACGUCAGAAUCACACGGUUUCGGUUCGAUAUGGAAAGAGCAUCACGCUGAACGGGAGGUACGUGUUAGAGAAUCAGUCUCUCGCGUCGGUUCAGCGGUGUUUAUGGCAGCUUUUACAACGUUUGCCGCUGGAUUUUCGAUGGUACACGCGUCACUGACUGCAUACGGACAAAUGGGACAAUUUUUGAUGACGAUAAUGUUGUCAUCAUGGAUUUUUGCCAUGUUUUUCUUCUUACCAUUGUGUGCGAUCCUUGGUCCUGUUGGCGGAUGCGGUUCAAUUCCAUUUUCGCGAAUUGCUUUGUGUUUUAAGCAGCUUAUACAUCGAAAUUGA